CCAUAGAUGCUGGAUCACUUGGAAAGUCUGGCCGUCCUGCGCAGCGCCCGCCCUCACGAGUUGUACUGGAGACGGAUAGGAAACCCUGCUGCAGAACCCGAGCGCCGGCCUUCGCUCCGACCCCGUUUAGAGGUGUCGCUAAAGGAUUAAUGAGCCAAAAAGGCACCCAACUUCUCCUUUAAGGCUCAUUUCGCCGUUUUUCGGCUUUACGCCUGGACUGCCUUACACCUUCCCUUUCAUUUUCACUUCAUUCGAGGAUACCUGUACCUCUACUGAUGGAACAGGGUCACUCCAACGUUCUCCUGCAGCCUCCCAACACCACCUAACAUUUCCUGGAAGAACGUGUCCAUUGCCUGCUCCCAACAAACAUGGACUGUUUUCCCAUGCUUUAUUUUCUGUCGAGACAUCAUGAUUCCUGGUAAUCGAAUGCUGAUGGUCAUUUUAAUAUGCCAAGUCCUGCUGGGAGAGAGCAACCAUGCUAGUCUGAUACCUGAAGAAGGGAAAAAGAAAGUACCGGGCCUGCAGGGUCGUUCGGCCGCUCAGAGCCAUGAACUGCUUCGGGACUUUGAGGCCACGCUGCUGCACAUGUUCGGCCUCAAGAGGCGGCCGCGGCCCAGCCGCUCGACCACUGUGCCUCGCUACUUGCUGGACCUCUACCGGCUACAGUCGGGGGAGGCUGAGGAGACCGGAGCACAUGACAUCGCUUUUGAGUACCCAGAGAGGUCAGCCAGCCGGGCCAACACUGUGAGGGGCUUCCACCAUGAAGAGCACAUGGAGAGGGUGCAUGAGCUUUAUGAUGGAGAAACCAUGCCCCUUCGCUUCCUGUUCAACCUCACAAGCAUUCCAGAGGACGAGCUGCUCUCUUCCGCCGAACUGAGGCUCUACCGUCAUCAGAUUGAUGAGGCCAUCGCUGACACCCUCUCAGAUGACCAGGGGCUUCACCGGAUAAACGUGUACGAGGUGCUAAAGCCCCCGCGGCCAGGGCAGCUAAUCACGCAGCUCUUGGAUACGCGGCUUGUGCGCCACAAUACGUCACGCUGGGAGAGCUUUGACGUGAGCCCUGCCGUGCUGCGCUGGACUCAAGAGCGCCUCCCAAAUUAUGGGCUGGCUGUGGAGGUUCUGCACCUCAACCAGACGCCGCGCCACCAGGGCCGACAUGUUCGCGUCAGCCGUUCACUACACCGGGAGCCUGGCGAGGACUGGGAGCAACUACGCCCCCUCCUGGUUACCUUUGGCCAUGACGGGAAGGGUCACCCGCUGACCCGCAGGACCAAGCGCAGCCCCAAGCCGCGUGGCCGUAAACGCAACCGCAACUGCCGGCGCCACGCACUGUAUGUUGACUUCAGCGAUGUAGGCUGGAAUGACUGGAUAGUGGCUCCCCCUGGUUACCAGGCCUAUUACUGCCACGGGGAAUGCCCCUUUCCUUUGGCGGAUCAUCUGAACUCAACCAACCAUGCCAUUGUUCAGACACUGGUGAACUCUGUGAACAACAACAUUCCCAAGGCCUGCUGCGUGCCAACAGAGCUCAGUGCCAUCUCCAUGCUCUACCUAGACGAACAUGACAAGGUGGUCCUAAAAAACUACCAGGAAAUGGUAGUGGAGGGCUGCGGCUGCCGCUAACACACAGACUAACUAGAACUUGGACUUGGACUGGCGACUUGAAAAAAGCAACAUGGACGCUAAAACAAAUCAGAAGGUCUUUACUCCCAAAAAUGUUCACUUGGACCCUUAUUUAUAACUUUUAUGUUGAGGUGUAUGUUUGUCUCACUUUUUUUUGUUUCUUUGACAAUAUGAUCAUAUAUUUUGACAAAAUAUAUAUAUUUAUAUCUACAUAUUAAAAAUAAAUUGAGUCCUUAUUUUAAACAUAAAAAAGCUGUACAACUUUUCAUAAUGUACAUUAGAUUGUAUAAGGUUUUUUUAUUGAGAAAAUAGUAAAAACAAUCUAAAAAGUAAAGUUUAUUUACUGGUAAUAUUUAUUGCUCUCAUAUUAUAUACAUUUUGGAGAAAAAAUAAAAACAUGAAUUGCUUACAAUAACACAUUCAAGCAGAUCACAAGAUGCACCCUUCUUGUGUGUGUAUUUGUGUAAAUUAGAGCACUGCGUGAAUUUCUCACAACACUGAUUUUUUUAAGGAAUCAGUUGAAAUCAGAAAUGUACAUUGACUUUAAUUAACCUCUUUACAUUAAUAAUAAGCCGAUGCUUUUAAUAAGCCCCUUAAAACAAAAUUCAUUUUACCUUUUUGUAAAAUAUCUGUAAUAACUAUCUACUAUAAGGGGGUUGUAAAAAUAGAAGUUGACAGUAAUUAUCCAUUACUGUUUUAACAUGAAUUUGGAUUUAAAUUCUAAGCCUGAUACUUAUCCUGAUGGCCUUUCAAAUGUGUUCAAAUAAAUUUUUUGCUAAAAGAAAGAUAAAAGCAGAGAAAUCUUUCUGAUGCUCUGUCUUUCCCAAAUAAAAAUUGUUUGGUUUAUUAA